UGUCCACUGCUCAAGGCCUGCCAGUGGACGGAAGCGCAGUGAGCGCAGAGUAGCUAGUGUCUUGAAAUAGAAAACAAGAAUACAACGUUCUGUUGUGAGAAGGGAUCAGUCCUUCGUUAAAUCUGCCCUUGACUUGUCUGCGUAUCUUUUGAGAGGAUUUUUGAAGGUGAAUUUCUUCUUGAAUGACCAAGAAAAAGUCAGCACCGUUUUCAUCAUGAACAGGAAUAAGCGUGAGAAAGAAUAUUACAGUAUUGAUGUAGGAGAUUCAACUUUCACUGUUUUGAAGCGGUAUCAGAAUUUAAGACCAAUUGGAUCUGGAGCACAAGGCAUCGUCUGCUCAGCAUACGACCACGUCCUUGAACGAAAUGUUGCAAUUAAGAAACUUAGCCGACCCUUUCAGAACCAAACACAUGCCAAACGGGCUUACCGAGAACUGGUCCUUAUGAAAUGUGUUAACCACAAAAAUAUAAUUGGCUUACUAAACGUGUUCACGCCACAGAAGACACUUGAAGAAUUCCAGGAUGUUUAUAUAGUGAUGGAGUUGAUGGAUGCUAACCUGUGCCAGGUGAUUCAAAUGGAGCUGGACCAUGAGAGACUCUCCUACCUGCUUUAUCAGAUGCUUUGUGGCAUCAAACACCUACAUGCUGCCGGCAUCAUACACAGGGAUCUGAAGCCCAGUAACAUAGUAGUAAAAUCUGACUGUACGCUGAAGAUUCUUGACUUCGGUCUGGCCCGGACCGCUGCCACCGGCCUUCUCAUGACCCCUUACGUAGUGACACGCUACUAUCGUGCCCCUGAGGUCAUUCUUGGAAUGGGUUACCAAGCCAAUGUUGAUGUCUGGUCUAUUGGCUGCAUCAUGGCUGAAAUGGUCAGAGGUAGUGUGUUGUUUCCUGGCACAGACCAUAUUGACCAGUGGAACAAGGUAAUCGAGCAGCUGGGCACGCCAUCUCAGGAGUUCAUGAUGAAACUGAACCAGUCUGUGAGGACUUACGUGGAGAACAGGCCCCGCUAUGCUGGCUACAGCUUUGAGAAGCUCUUCCCAGAUGUGCUGUUCCCUGCAGACUCCGAACACAAUAAACUAAAAGCAAGCCAGGCGCGAGACUUGUUAUCCAAAAUGCUGGUAAUAGAUGCGUCGAAACGAAUCUCAGUAGAUGAGGCCCUCCAGCACCCCUACAUCAAUGUGUGGUACGAUCCAUCAGAAGUGGAAGCGCCUCCACCGGCGAUCAUGGAUAAACAGCUUGAUGAGAGAGAACACACAGUGGAAGAGUGGAAAGAGCUCAUAUACAAGGAAGUGCUGGACUGGGAGGAGCGGACAAAAAACGGGAUGAUCCGAGGACAGCCAGCCUCACUAGGUUCAGCAGUGAGCAAUGACUCCCAGGAGCCCUCGACGUCAUCCUCCUCCAUUAAUGACGUCUCGUCCAUGUCCACCGACCACACCUUGGCCUCGGAUACAGACAGCAGUCAGGAGACCUCCACGGGAGCACUGGGCUGCUGCAGAUGACUAUCCUCGUUCCUCCAGUCCCUGCUACCACCUGUAUUAACUGGCACAGCGUACACGCCAGUUUGGAAACAUGUCCUCCUUUCUUUUUUAAACUGAUAAGUUCUUUUGAAUUGUCAAAAAUAAGAGGUAAGAGUUUUUGAGGGCUCCUUAAAAGCUUUUACACCAAACCAGCAUUACUCUGAUUACUUUAAUGUUAUUCUUUUUGUACUUUGAUUUGACAUCAGAUUAAAGCUACUACUACGUCAUCUUGCCAUUUGGAUGUGGAAUGGUUUGAGUUUAUUUGUAAAGAUAAAUGGUAUUUUCGGGAUGUUUGAUUUUUCAGGUUUGCAGAGAGCCAUUUUAAUCACUAAUUAGUGGAGGUUCAUGAAGUGGCACAUCCAUCUUCUGGCCAAAUGUCGGCAAUGAGUAUUCCCACACUGUUACUACUGUUUUGGAGUCAGUGGUGUCAUAAAAUGCAUCGGAUCGCAGUUUGAGCGACACAUUGUAUUGGUCUAAGAAGCAAAGGUUGUUUAAAUAUGAAAUUUACCUAAAAACAUUUAGUUCAUUAUUUGAAAAACAGUAGUUUAUUUGGUUGUCUUAAAAUACAAUUAAAAAAGUGCUUUUAUUGUCAUUAAGCUACUCUUUUCUUUUUAUUUUAUUUCUAAUUUUAGUACACAAGAUUGUGUAAAAAAAAAAAAAAAAAAAAUCCCAGUGUCACAAUGUGUAAUCCAGUCUGUACAUAUUUCAACCUAAAACAACGAAAACAGUAACUUAGAGCAUUCUAUUAAGCUUUCCUUCAGUGUAUAGCCCAGUACAGGAAUACAAGGCAAAAUCUUCUUCUUAUAAAGCUCUUGUUUUGAACAGUUCAGUAUAUGAUAUGAAACUGAAAUUGGGUAUUUGGCUUGUAGCAAUAUGUGAAACACUAGGGCUUAUGCUUAUGAAUUUACAGUACUCAUGUUUGAUUUACAACCAGGAGACCUGUAUCUAUGUGAUCUCAUGUUAUGAGAAACAAAAAACAGCUCCCAAAGGUGAUCUGAUGAAUGCGAUUUAGGAUACAGUGAUCAUGGUAAAUGGAUGAAGAAAUAGGCUGCAGGUUCCCAAUGGAUCCCCAAGGAACCACUUCUUUUUAAUAGACUGUAGUGGUUUAUGAACAGCUGUGUAACGCUCAUAAAAAGAUGGGCCAUCAAUUUUCCACUCUAAUUUUUGGGAAAAUAUCACAUAUUUCAAAUGUUAUGCAUUGUGCAAAUGUAAUGUUCGGAAUGUAAUUAUAUGUUUACAAUAAUUAAUGUAAUGUAAACCAUCCUCCUUCUACUGUACACUUUAUGAAAAGAAUACAACAAAAUCCUUUUGAACUGAAAUUCAUGCUAAAUUUAGAAUUGAUAUUCAUCAUUGGCUUAAUACCUAGGGAUUUUUAUUUUGUGUAUAAAAUGGAUUAAGUGCCUGAGUCCAGCAUUCAUUCCUGAAUUCGAAAGAUGGAGACAUUUUGGAGACAGAGGUUUUUCAAAGUAAUACUGUUCAUAUCAUGUGGUGUCUAUUUUUCUAUUGUAUUGGUAUGCCGUAGAUUGAAAGGGUAAAGCUUAUUGAGAAGAUGAUAGAACUUUAUCAUGACACAUGAUAAAUUAUCUGAUAAUUUGUAAAGGGAAAUUUCUUCAAACGAGGUCUUUCAUCAAAGUAUUAGAAAACUGGAAAUUGGUUAUUUUUGGUGUGUUUGAAUAUGGUUUGCAGCUUUAUUUUGUUGACGGAAAUAUGCAAGAUAUUGCAUCAAAUGCUGUAGGUGUCUGGGGACUACUUUUCAUGAGGCAAUGUAAUGGAAUGUAAAUGUGUAUGUGUGGUGAUAGCUGGGGAUGCAGGAAAAGUAAAGGUUAUUGUUUGCAUAAUAAUUGGCCUACAUUGGGGUUAGGGGUGGGGUCAUUUUAAGAGCUCUUAUUUUUCUUUGUUCUCUUUUGGGAAGUUAAUGAAUUUUAACAUGAUUUUUCUUUUUCUUUUUUUUUUUCACAUUUGCUUUUAUCUCAUCUCUCAAACAUUUUAAAAUUUAGAUCAAAGUAGGCUUUGAUGAACUACCUCCCUCACUUUUUUUUUUUUUUUUUUUUAUUAUUUUUUUGCAAAGUAGCUGCCCAUAAGAUGUUAAUACAGAUUUCAUUAUUUAUUUAUUUUGGAAGUGAACUAUUGUCAAUAGUAGGUAACGUAUAGUUUUGUACAUUAUGUAUACUUCAAGAAGUAAAAGAACUGAAAUGUAAAUUUGAUCUUUUCAUUUAAUUUUCUUUGUAUUAAUUUUUUACAGUUCAUGUGCAAUACCCACUGCUGUCAUGCUAGUUGUAAAUUGAUAGAUCUAGACAUGUUAGUUUGAUGCACCCAGAGGUCGAGAUGUUUGGUACUUUGGUCUUUUAAAUCUGGAUUGUAUUUUUUAUUUUUGGUUGAUUAUCAUAGGCAUGAUGUUACAAACCUGUCUUACCAAAAAUUGAAAAUCUAUGGCUGACAAAUGUGUUAGGAAGGUGUUAUGAAUGGCCAUUGGAUUUUUUUUUUUUUUUUUUUUUUUUACUUGGAAAGGCCAAUUCAAAAGCAUCUGUAAAAUAUCUUGAAUUACCAGCUUGUUCAUAUUUGUUGCUGGUAUGUAAUAUUUGCUAGCAAUGCGAGCCCUACAUUUAGUUGUAAAUUUCUAGCUCUGUGUGCACCCUGAACAGCAUACAGAUAAUGAGAAGUGCACUACUACAGAGAAUGCACUGGGAUGUUAUGAUACCAACAUGAACAUGACCUGCAAAUAAACACUUCAGUUUGAAUCAGAA